UAAAAUUAUUUCCUCUAUUAAAAGGGCUGUUUUAUUUUUUAAUGAAAUUGGAUUUUUAGGCUCAAUUUACACUUGUGUUUUGAAAAAAAACUCCAUCUGGAUCUAAGGUAGCUGCUGUCAAAUAAUUUAGGAAGAGUCAACACUGCACAUCAUUUCCUCAUCGUUGCUCCCACGCUUGGAAAGUUUUUUUUUCUGACAAUAACUGUGCUAUAAAUGGAUUACCAUGCCUCAGAGAUGCAGAAUCCAGAGUCAUGUAGCGGUGUUAGAGAACACUACAAAGAGAAUGACUUUAGCAACUCUGAUCUGCUUUCUUACACUCCAGUUCUUCUACCAGUUAUACACAUUGGGAACAAACACUGAGAUACCUGAAACACAAAACCGCUGUCAAAAGAAUAGAUUGACAGAGGUCUUCUGUUCCUACUCCAGUUUUUCUUCUGUCCCUCUUGACUUGGAUCCUACGGUAAAGAAGCUUGAUCUGUCAUAUAAUGCUAUCACAAACAUAAGCUGGGAAGCAACUAACAGUCUAAGGUCACUCCAGGAGCUUGAUAUAAGUUUUAACCAUUUACAUUUAAUAACAGGGACAGCUUUUGAAAAUCUGGCCCAGCUUCGUGUUCUCAGCCUUGCAGGUAAUUACCUGAAUGAUAACGUACAGACUACAGCAAAAGCUUUCCAAGCUCUCAGGACUUUGAAGGUGUUGGACGUUUCAUUCAACAGUCUGGAUAGUAAUACUGUAGGGCUUUACCUGCAGAAUCUGUCUUCUUUGGAGCAGCUCUUGCUGGUUGGAAACAGUAUGACAAAACUUACACACACUGUGUUCAAAGGAACCCCCCACCUGAAGAACAUUAAUCUUGAAAAUAACAAUAUUUUGGAAAUAGAACAAGGAACCUUUGAGUCUUUGACAAGACUCACAAAGCUGAACAUGGCCAUGAAUAAUUUAGCCUGUAUCUGUGAUUUUGCACUUAAACAACUGAAAGUACUAAAUCUAAGCAGAAACUCAAUUGAAUUCUUUAUUACAAACGAGAAUGAGGAUGUAUAUCAACUUGAAAUUUUGGACCUGAGCUUCAACUCCCUUCUCUAUUUUCCUGUUCUUCCCAAACUGAACAGUUUAAAAUUCCUGGACUUGCAACACAAUAGACUGAGUUUUUUAAAAUCAGAAACAGUCUCUAGAGAAGCAAGUAGUUUGUAUAAAGAAAUUACAAAAUCAAUUAUACCUGAAAAUGAACAAGCCUACAGCAUAUACUUGCAAUCUAAUCUCUCUCUAUUAAUUCACUUGGACAUGAGCCAUAAUCAAUUCACAUCUUUUCCGUUUCACAUUUUGAACAAUACAGCAUCUUUGGAACAUUUGAGUUUAAGCAACAACUGCCUUUUCAAUUUCACUGUUAACAUUCCAAAAGUGUCUGAUCAACCGGGACUGGGACAGAAAUCAAUUCAUCAGCAUGUGAACUUUCCAUCUCUGCACUCACUGGAUCUUCAACACAACCAAAUUCAGCAUCUGCCUGUUGCUUUUUUUGAGGUUCUGCCUCAGCUUGAGCACUUAUAUCUUGGAAAAAACAACGUGAACCCCUGUGGCAUUGAAAACAAAUCUGGGAAAAAAGUGCCUAGACAUCAAGAUCUGACCAAUGUUAAUAACUGCUCACCUUUUUCCAGCAUAAAAACUCUAAAAUACCUUGACCUACAUGAAAAUGACAUAAACAUGCUCUUCCCCUAUGCUUUUCAACACACACCUUUGGUCUCACUUGAUCUAAGUGGUAAUGAGGACCUGAACAUAGCAGAGAAAGCUUUGAGUGGACUGGAGCAAACACUGCAGAGUUUGAAUAUUAGUGGAAAUCACAUGGCAACAGCAGCUGUAUCCCUACCAUGUCUGGGGACAUUAAAAAAGCUGGAUUUGUCUAAUAACCUUUUGGAAGAUCUGCCUGAAAAUAUUGGGUGUGCACCCCUUAAAGAAUUAGAUUUGAGAAACAACAGCUUGACAACUUUAGAUGCAUCAGCUGUGACAAACUUGUCUGCAAGUCUUCAGAUCAUACAGGUCAGUGGAAACGUCUUUAACUGCUGUAUUUCUGGUUGGCUCAAGAUCCUGACCAAAACGAAAGUUAUGAUUCCUGAUCUUAGAGACUCAGUUUGUUCCUACAAGCUCAAUGAGGACUUUUCCAUUCCCUUACUGGGUGAUCAUUCACAAGAAUGCCCAUAUGAAGCUCCUACAGAAACAGGAAAAACAAAACUACUGAUUUUAAUCUUUUUUGUGAUUUUAUUUCUGACACUAGCUAUAUUGGUUAUGGCAAAAAGAAACUGCCACAGACUAGGUUCCUCUAUAGAUAUUAAAAGUAAUAAAGUGGCGUCUUUUAAAUUUACUAAAGACGAUCAGUGUCCAGCUAGAGUGGCUAAAAUCAAUAUAUUUGAAACUGCACAAUAAAAAUGUAAAUUGUACUGUUUUAUGAUUUUCCAAAUUUCCAAUACAGUGGAUUUUAACAUAAUAACUGUGGCUUUUAAAUAAGAUUAUUAUUUAAUUACUGUGAAUGUAACUCUUCCAGGCUACAUGCAAUUUGAUUUUAAGUUAACGAUCUGAAAAUACUUAGCUGUAAAGGAAAUUAUUUAUUAAAUUAUUUAAUCAAAUCAAAUAAACUAGAAAAUGUUUAUUUUUAUCAUCUAGAAGGAUGUGUUCUACAUACUGUAUGUCCAGGAUAUACAAAGAAGGUGAAUGUAAAAUCAAAUGUAAACAUUUAGGGAACCAAAUCAUUUUUCAAAAGAUUGUAUCACAACUGUAAUGAAGAAGCUGUCUCUUAAACCACUACCUCCUGCAUGCCUGUAUUUCCUUCCUUUUAAAAAGAACAAGUGUGAAACAUAAUGAAACACAGACACCAGCCUUGUUCUGUAUGCUAUGCUGAAGACGGUUUGUUAAACAAAAAAAAAACUCACUCUACUGGAAAGCGGGAAGAUCCAUCAGCAAAGAAAUUAGUUUGAACUGCAAGUACAUUGUUCAAAAGAUGUUUUGUUAAUCUCCAAUUGUACUGUGAAUCAAAUUACAUGCUAUAAUUAAAUCUCUAUUUUUGUACUUGGUAAACAUUUUCACUUCUGCAUUUUGUAUUAAAAAAUGUGCAUAUACUGUACCACAUAUUCCACAUACUUGAGGAAAAAAACAUCCAGCAUUAGUAUUCUAGUUGAUGUAACAAUUAAUGUAUCACCUUUUGUUAGUAACGACGCAUAUCAAUGGUUUUAUUCUAAGAUACUUGUUAAAAUGUUAACCUGCCACUUCAAACUGACAUCUGAGCAUAUUUUCUUCAUGUUCUCCAUAAAUCACCUGUUUUCAGUAAAUAUUUCCUUCAUGUAUCUAGGCUCAUAAAAAGUCAGAAAUUAAAAAUAUACAAUAUAUCUUUAAGUAAUAAAUGUAAAAGAUGUGCCUUAUCUUUAAAUUAUCUAAAUUAAAAUGAUGUGAAACCUGUGUUCUUAUUUAGGAGACAAUAACCUCUACAGUGUAAGAAGCCAUCUAUUCCAUACUUUAUGUAUUUAUUUAUAUAUUUAUUUAUAUAGACAAUUUUAGCAUGUUAUUGUGUUUAAACA